AUGUGUAAUAAGGUAGCAAUUAAAAAAAACAAAGAACUCGGUCGAGGUCAAGGUCAAGGUCAAGGUCGAGGUCAAGAUCGAUGUCAAGGUCGAGGUCAAGGUCGAGGUCAAGGUCAAGGUCGAGGUCGAGGUCAAGGUCGAGGUCAAGGUCAAGGUCGAGGUCAAGGUCGAGGUCAAGGUCAAGGUCGAGGUCAAGAUCGAUGUCAAGGUCGAGGUCAAGGUCGAGGUCAUGGUCGGGGUCAAGGUCGAGGUCGAGGUCAAGGUCGAGGUCAAGGUCGAGGUCAAGGUCGAGGUCAAGGUCAAUAUCGAUGUCAAGGUCGAGGUCAAGGUCGAGGUCGAGGUCAAGGUCGAUGUCAAGGUCGAGGUCGAGGUCGAGGUCGAGGUCAAGGUCGAGGGCAAGGUCAAGGUCAAGGUCAACGUCAAGGUCAAUGUCAAGGUCAAGGUCAAGGUCAAGGUCGAGGUCAGGGUCAAGUUUGA